CGUCUCCAGCGAGCCUUCCACCCUGCCCUACCCAACGCGCGAUACCCGCCACCCUGCGCCCGCUCCGCGCCUCCGCCCCGGUUCCGGGUUCUCCCUCCGGUCGCGACACCGAGCCCCGCCGGAGCAGGGAAGCCAUGGCCGCGGGGACGGCGCGCGCACCCGCCGCCGACAAGAGGUGGGGUUUUGCUGCCGCUGCGGCCGCGCCGACGAGGACGCCCGCCGUUGGGGUUCUGGGACCGGCCCCGAAACCCAGCAACCUGUCAACCCGAAGGGGUGCUUUCCCAUGGGGCGAUAGACCAAUGCCCCCAGAACCAUAUGCAUGGGGUUCAUCGUCGCUUCUAUCUCUCAAGAAUGAUGGAGAUUCUGGUUUGUUUGGCAACAUCAGUGAUCGCCCUUCUACUGGAGGAAGCUCGAGGAUGUCGACAGAUGGAAGUGACUUGCUCGACUCACCUCUUGCUCAGGGUGGAACUUCACAUAAUUCUAUAACUGCGAUAAGUCAUCCUCAAAUCACAGACUUAAGAUCAGGAAGCUCACAAUUUCCACUUUCUCAAACUUCUUUCUCGGAUGUUCUCAAAGCUCCAUUAAGAACUAUUGCCAAAAAGAGACCUGCAUUACAUGGAAAGGGGUUUACCCUAAGCGCAGAUGAUUUCCCAGUACUUGUUUCCAAGAACUCUCAAUCAAUCAGUCAACAAGGCCAUAGUUUUCAAGGGCGGCCAACUUUUAGUUCUGUUACUAUGGCGGCCCGAGAUGAACAAAGAAACAUCCAGAUAACUGGAGGGGAUCCUGUUUCUGCCACAAACUUCUCUAUGGAAGCGCAACGGGCUCAACUACAUGCUGCACAGACUCCUGAUAUAUGUAUGCCUCCUCCAUGUAUUGAUUACUGGCAUCCUCCCCCUGAUCAUCCCCCUGACAGUAAUGGGAUUUGGCAUGGGGGAGCAGCAUCAUAUGGUCCGUGCAAGCCUGCAGACACACCUGGCAGCUUCCCUGUUGAAUCUUUUUCUCAUAAUGGUCAGUUCCUUCUCAGCCAGGGGGGAGAAGCAAGGCAUGUUACAGUACCUGGUGGUUAUCACCCUGAAAACAAAGAUUCCUGCUGUGCUCAUGUGCCUGCCGAUGCUUGUAUAAAUUAUCAACCUCAUCUCAUGCUUGGAAAGGUCAAAGAUAACCAUUCAGAUGCACGUGCACUUGAGAAGCAAGUCAUCAAGAAGGAUGUGGCACUGCUAGAGAAAAUAAAGUGUCUAAAUAUUAAAGCUAGAAAUCUUCGUGCUGGUAACAAAUCAGAAAUAUCUUCAUACAGGGCAUCCAAGGUUAAACACCCAAAAACCAUUGAUCUAGAAGCAUAUCAUGUGACAAAUGAUGUUCCCUUCAGCGUUGUCAUCAGUGAUAUCACUUCUGCCUUUGACAUGUCUAAUUCUGUUUCAGAAAGUAUUAAUCAUGUACCAAUUGGUACAUCAAAUGUGUCUGCUUCUGCUAAUCUUGUAAUGGUUGAUCUGUCAGAAGGACAUGUUACUAAAUUCAGUGAAGCUAGAAAGCUAGGUAGAUCUGCUGAUAAUCAUGUAUAUGGAGUAGGGAAUACUUCAAGAAACAAUCGUCGUAGCUCUGUUAUGGACACUGCAUCUGAUAUUUUGGGACCUGGAUGGGAAGAACACUCUGCAGUUAACUAUUUGCCAGUUGCUAUGACAAAUACUCAUGAAGAUAAACCAUUUGCUGGGAAUAGCUUACAGCAGGUGGAUGUGAGAACUAGUGAUGAUAUGCUAAACUCUCCUGAUUAUGAAAUCCAGCUUUCAAGGAGAGAAUUGUCUGCCCAACAUGCAAGACAACUACAGAAAGAGAUGGGGAAACUAAAACAAAAUGCAACAGCUCUUGCAAAACUGGAAGAAUUGAACAGAAGUUUAUUUGUAGAGAAUCAGAAGUUGAAUGAUGUGCCAUUAGAAGCAGAUGAAAUUGUUCAUGAACAAAGUGCUGGAGGCAAUGGAACUACUAAUCAUGAUACUUCAAUAUCAUAUACAUGUUGUACUGCAUAUGCUGAGAAUCUUAAUGUGCCCCUAAGAGCAAAUGACACGAAGAAUAGUCCAGUUCCUACCAGCUCUACUCCACCACCAGGCACUGCAGGUGUUAACAGAGGUUCUUUGACUCACACUGUAGUGCGUUCAGCCAAGAAAACUGACAUUAACAUGCUAGAACACUUCGCCCAGAAAAGAGGAGCACAACCACUUGACGGCAGUGCUCCAAAUCAUUUGCAGGUGGGUGAUAGGGAAGGACUAGUUCAUAAACAGGAGAAUAUUUCAAGGGUCUCCACUUCAGCAUCAGACACUGCAGAUGCUAACAAUGGCCCUUUGAUUCAAAAUAUCGUUCCUUCAGCCAAGAGCACUGCCAUCAACAUGAUUCACAUGGACCAGAAAGGUGCACCAGAGUCACAUGACAGCACUGCUCCAAUGCUUUUGCAGAUGAAGGAUAAGAGAAGACAAGUUCAUUCACAGGAAAGAAUUUUAAGGGGCCCUCUAGCAUCAGAAUCUGCAGGUGGGAACAAAGGCUCUUUCAUUCACAAUGUCUUGCCUUCGGCAAAGAACAAUGGCAUCAACAUGACAGGAUAUAUUGUCCGGAAAAGUGCAUCACAGUCACACGAGAACAGUGCUCCAAAGCAUUUGCAGAUGGAGGAUAGGAGAAGGCAAGUUCUUUCACAGGAGAGAGUUCUGAGGGAGAGGUCAAACAUUGCUGAAAGUACAGAAAAUAUUAUAACUGUUGCUGGGACUCUUGUGGAAACACAAAAUGCUGAAGCUAAACCUCAUGCGGACCUCUCAACCCAAAGCAAGAAUAGAAGACCUGCUUCACCGCAUGUGUUUGGUAAUGAGAAUACAGAAGCCUCAAGUGUGCAUAAAACCCAUGUAUCAGGCGUUGUUAUCAACAGUGCUAUAAUCCCGGUGCACGUUUCUUCAUUUAGAGGUUUUACUGUCGGGAGUAUAAUGCUUGGGGAUGCUUCACUUGCAUCUGUGAAUCAGGAGAAAACAGUGGCCAAGGAAGUGCAUGAUGAUGUAACAAAUAGUUGUGCAAGUCCUAAGCAGAUAAAACAAUCUGGAAUGGAUCAGCAUGGUGUACAGCGUUUCAAGUUCGAGGCUGGUGGGCUGAGCUGCAUGGAAAUACCUGCUCCCACUCAGCCAUCUAUGAAUGAAAGCAUUGUUUCGCAGAAUCUGGCACCAGUAAAAACAAGUGAAAUGGAGAGGCAUACACAUAAGCCUGCAUGCAAAGAACUGGGCCUGCAGAACCUGAAGCAAAUGCUACCUUCAGAUAAUGACACAUCUUCUGAUAAUUCGUCAACAUCCAAAUUGGAUAGUAAGACUCCUGACAAGGAGGCACUUGCUACAAAAGCUGAGGUUAAAACAGAACCUGAGAACUGGGAGGAUGGGCAAACUAGCAAGCAUCGAGGCAGGAGCAGUGCUGCUUCAAACCAAGAGUUAUCUGAUCAGUUGGAGCAAGCAGAGAAACAGCUCGAGUCCAGCACCGAUGUUGCUACUGUGAACCGUUCACAGCCAACUCAAAUGGUUUCCCUACCUGGCUAUACUUGGGGAGAACAUCACGCUAUUCCCGGAAGAAGGCGGUACCAUGUCGAUGGCCAGGGAAACAUGUGGAUCAACUAUGCCAUGAACAGCCACAUGGAUGGGAGAGUCAUGACACGUGGAGCAGCUCUGCCUACCGCUCAUCUGUUGCCUGGACCCAUCUCCGUUCCUGUUCAUCAGAGCAACGUGCCAGGCAUCAACAGUGCUACAGGAUGGAUGUGGGAUACCUCCGAAGGCGUACUGAUAUCUGACGUGGGCGGAGUCCCGGGUCUAGGUACUGCAAUUACCGCCGGAAGCGUCGCCGAGCCUACUCAGAAUGUGUACAGGGUUGGCCAAUUUGAUGUGCACAGCAUGGUAGGAGGCAUGGCUUACGGAGCUGCCUUUGGUAUUGCGAGCCCUGAGGUUGGGUACCAGACAGGUCCGGAACAUGAGCAGCUGAACCCAGCAUGGUUCCCCCACGUCCAGCCUGACAGCAUGCACCACCACGGUGGCACUGGCGUGUACUUGCAGAGGAUGGACUAUGGCGCUGGGGCGCAAACUCAAGGCGGCGGCGCUACUGGAUACACGGCCGGACCAAUGGUAGGCGUCGGGGGUCCUGACUACCAGCUGGUGCCAGCUGUUGCGUCUCCUGUUGCUGCCUGGACCAGUGCUGGGGGCAUCAUGGUGAGCGCAGGGCGUACAGCUGAGGCCUGGGAAGCGGCCUACAGCGGCGAGCACGUGUACUACGUCUGAUGCAGAAUUUGAAGAAUCGAACAGCCUGACAGAAGCAGAUGGAGUUCCCAUGUUGUUUACACUGAGAGCCGGCAGCAAAUGUAGACAAUAACACUAUAACAUUACAAUUUGUAACUUUGUAUAGGCUCUGCUAGCAUCUAAGAUCUGACAAAUGCAGCUGCUAGUGAAGAUCCUUUGAUUCAACAUGAUUUGAGCUUGUUUCCAACUUCCAAGAAACAUCUCACAGGCACAUUACAGCUGUAAUUAAAAGCAAUUUAGACGGAGAAUAGGUGAAAGCAUGUA